AUGAUUGGGUCGGACAUCCGCAGCGCAGCGAAGACCCAGUACUUCCAUGCCCAAGCCAUCGAGAAGGUUGCGCCAGCCAUCCAUCCGGAGGCUUCCGUCCUAACGGCGCCGCGACCACAGCAGCCGAUCAUCGAUGCCCCGCUGCGGACGAAGCUGUUCGCUCCGCGCAAUAACCGUGGCCAGUCGAAGACUCGGCGGCUGAGCAAGGUGCGACUACCUCCAAAGGGCGAGCUGCGGGAACGUGUGGUCCUCCGAAGUCUUCUUCCGGACCGCCUGAAGAUGGAAUGCCUCGAGAGGCUGGACAAGAUGGAGAAGGACCAGGCCGAACGAGUCGCCGAAGCUGCUCGCGAAGGUACCGAGUUGGCCAAUGAGAAGAAGCGGAGGAGCUCCCGCGCAGAGCCGCCCAUUCCUGGGGGCUUCCACAAGGAUCAGCAGGUCGUGGCGAGACACGACCUUUACCUCGAAGGGGACACGGUCAUGGCGCUGUAUAUGGACAAGGCCGUCGUGGUGGGUCCCUCGAAGAGUACCGAUCCCAACCGGGUUUGCGUGCAGUUCGAGAUGCGACGCGACGGUGGCACCAUGUGGGUCAACGUGAUGCCUGAUGAGAUCAUGUCCGAAGAGAACGGCCAGCUCAUGCAGAGCAUCAUCUUGAAAAAUGAAGAGCGAAAGCAGCGUCGAAGGCAGCUGAACGCGAGUCCGGGGGAAGGGGAGGAGGAGGAUCUUCCCGUGCUUUUCCUGCCCGACAUGGAGCUCGCCGGCGAAGGCAAUGACAGCGCUGCAAAGCUGACGACUGGGUCAUGGACCUCCUCGGCGAUGCGGACGCGAGGUCCCAGUGCCUGGCCACGGCCUCCUGGUUCCACAACCUCUGGCGGAGGGUUGGAGGCCGCCAAGCUGCUGCGAGACUCCAGAAGCUUGCCGGCUUUGCUGGGUGUCACCAAAGUGAGUCCGCGGCCGGGUAGCCGCUAG